UCGGAGAGCGGAAUCCCGAAAGGUCGGGACUACAAUGACCAGAUGACUCAUCAGCUGAGUGAAUACACGCUCAGUUUGUUGAAGACACGGCAGUGGGGAGAGCGAGUGUUGAUACACUACUUGUUCUCGGAGUAGGGACUAUGUUGGGAGUCAGAGCUCGGCUGAGGUUCGCGCUCCGUCUGUGUCGGAGCUACAGCCAUGGCGGAACGGAAUCUCUGAAGAAGACAGCACUAUUUGAGUUCCAUCAAAGUGAAGGUGCACGGAUGGUGGAGUUUGCAGGUUGGAGUAUGCCUGUGCAGUACAAGGACAGUCAUAUUAGUUCACACUUGCACACCCGCCAACACUGCUCGCUAUUCGAUGUUUCUCACAUGCUGCAGAGCAAGGUGACUGGGAAGGAUCGAGUGAAGUUCAUGGAGAGCUUGAUAGUGGGGGACAUUGCUGAACUCAAGGACAACCAGGGCACGCUGUCGCUGUUCACCAACGACAAGGGAGGAAUAAUGGAUGAUGUCAUAGUGACCCGGACAUCAGGUGGAUAUUUGUACAUCGUCUCAAAUGCUGGCUGUGCUGACAAGGACUCUGCUCACAUGAAGGAGCAACUAGCCCAGUUCAAAGCCGCAGGGAAUGAUGCUGACCUGGAGUUUCUGGAGGCCGGAUUGAUUGCGCUGCAAGGUCCAUCUGCAGCAAGGGUGUUGCAGGAGGGUGUGUCCGAUGACCUCAGCAAGCUGUCCUUCAUGUCGAGUGCGGUGACAACAGUGCUCGGAGUCAAAGGUUGCAGAAUGACCCGUUGCGGCUACACUGGAGAGGACGGGUUUGAGAUCUCAGUACCCAUUGAACACACUGUUGAGCUGGUGGAGUCGCUGCUGAAGAACAGUGAAGUCAAACUUGCAGGCCUUGCAGCACGGGACAGCUUGCGGCUGGAGGCUGGCCUUUGUCUUUACGGAAACGACAUUGAUGAGACCACCACACCCGUGGAAGCAAGCCUUUUGUGGACUAUAGGAAAACGCCGGAGAGCAGCGGCCAACUUCCCUGGAGCUGAGAUUGUCCUGAAGCAGAUCAAAGAGAAAACGAGACGGAAACGAAUAGGUCUGAUGUCAACUGGGCCCCCAGUCAGGCAGCACACGCCUAUUUUAAACGUUGAUGGAAAAGUCAUCGGGGAGGUAACGAGUGGCUGUCCCUCCCCGUGUCUGAAGCAGAACAUUGCCAUGGGAUAUGUGGAUACCGAAUACAGCAAAUCGGGCACAUCGAUAAAAGUGGAAGUUAGGAAGAAGGUCGUGGAUGCCGUUGUCACCAAGAUGCCUUUUGUACCCACCAAGUACUAUACUGUGAAGUGACACCUCCAUCGAAUAUGAGAGGUGGCUGGGGUUAAGUUAAUAGCUUUAAUAGUUAGGUGAUAGUUGAUGAAUUAUCAGUCUUCAGGUUUACAGGUUCUGACUGUUGAGCUGCUCCAUUCUCCCAUAUAGAAUCUACAACAGGAGUGGAAGCCAUUUGGUGGAGUUCGUCUGUGCCAAGAGAAAACAUCAAUCCAACCAAAUCGCAGCUUCAAGCUCUAGGUCCACAGCCCUGCAGGUCAUGGUUCUCCCAAGCAAAAUGAAGGCUUUUGCCUCCAUCAGCUUAUCAACACACCAGUUAUUUCCUUUUGAUAGGGUGCAGGAGCUGCCUUCCUUCAGUCAAGUGCUUGAUAAUUAACCUCUGUGAACUAAUCUUUCAUACUGCCUUUGUAAAUGAACAUUCAUUGUUAAUUAGGUGCUAUGCCAACUCCAUAAAGCUGUAGGUGAUGCAGAAUUGCCUCUGCAAUAUUUGAAUUAUGACAUGAAUACUAAUUCAAUUGACAAUGAUAACUGUGACGAGAGGUUAACACUGGCUGCAGCCAGUUCAGUAAUUUUAAUAAAUGCAGUGCUUUAUUUACAGACAAUGUUUGGUAAUUUUCACACCUCUGUACAAAAAUGUUAAUGUUGAUUUUUUUGUGCUUUUUUUCAAUGUAUUUGUAGAAUAAUAAAAUUAAAUAACCAGCA